CUUGCGCUAAACACCUUCCCUUCUUCUCACCGACCACCACCCAGCUUUGGACUAACUCACAACCUCCACUUCCACUUCUCGACUCCAUCUCUCUCACCACCCACGCACCAUCGACGUGAGGCCUACCCGAGCACCCACGCACUCUUCAGCAACUCUAUUUCACCGCAAACACCGCCGCCAUGGAGGAAGAGGUCGCUGCUCUCGUCAUUGACAAUGGCUCUGGUAUGUGCAAGGCCGGUUUCGCCGGUGACGAUGCGCCACGAGCAGUCUUCCCUUCCAUUGUUGGACGACCGCGCCACCACGGUAUCAUGAUUGGUAUGGGUCAAAAGGACUCGUACGUUGGUGAUGAGGCACAGAGCAAGCGUGGUAUCCUCACACUGAGGUACCCAAUUGAGCACGGUGUGGUCACCAACUGGGAUGACAUGGAGAAGAUCUGGCACCACACCUUCUACAACGAGCUUCGUGUUGCACCAGAGGAGCACCCAGUCCUUCUCACCGAGGCCCCCAUCAACCCAAAGAGCAACAGAGAGAAGAUGACACAGAUUGUCUUCGAGACUUUCAACGCACCGGCAUUCUACGUCUCCAUUCAGGCUGUGCUCUCCCUGUACGCCUCUGGUCGUACCACCGGUAUCGUCCUCGACUCCGGUGACGGUGUCACUCACGUCGUGCCAAUCUACGAAGGUUUCGCGCUUCCACACGCCAUUUCCCGUGUCGACAUGGCUGGUCGUGAUUUGACCGACUACCUCAUGAAGAUUCUUGCUGAGCGUGGAUACGUCUUCUCGACCACCGCCGAACGCGAAAUUGUUCGUGAUAUCAAGGAGAAGCUUUGCUACGUCGCUCUCGACUUUGAGCAGGAGAUCCAGACUGCUAGCCAAAGCUCGUCUCUCGAGAAGUCCUACGAACUGCCCGAUGGACAGGUCAUCACCAUCGGCAACGAGCGUUUCCGUGCACCCGAGGCUCUCUUCCAGCCAUCCGUUCUUGGUCUCGAAUCUGGCGGUAUCCACGUCACUACCUUCAACUCCAUCAUGAAGUGUGAUGUCGAUGUCCGCAAGGAUCUCUAUGGCAACAUCGUCAUGUCUGGUGGUACCACCAUGUACCCGGGUAUCUCCGACCGCAUGCAAAAGGAAAUUACCGCUCUUGCACCAUCCAGCAUGAAGGUCAAGAUCAUCGCACCACCGGAGCGCAAGUACUCUGUGUGGAUUGGUGGCUCCAUUCUCGCCUCGCUCUCGACCUUCCAGCAGAUGUGGAUCUCAAAGCAAGAGUACGACGAGUCUGGCCCAUCCAUUGUCCACCGCAAGUGCUUCUAAGCGCGUACUGCGUAGAGUUUUGGCAAUCAUUGCGCACACGGUACCGGCAGCGUCAUGAGCGAGUGAUGGGAAUGGCAGUGAGUAGCUGGCUUUGUCUGAGGACAUAUCGGUUGCUACGAUGUAGCAUGGCAAAAUGGCGCGUUGGCAGAGCGAAUGAGGCGAGAUGUGAUAGUACAGCUAUUCGGCUCUAGGCGGGCGGGCGCCAUCUUGCUCGACUAGACUCAGCAUUUGCUACUAGACUCCGGCUUUGUUAUGCUUGAUGUAUGGCCUCUUAUGGCGAGAUGACAAAAGAAGAAUUGUACGCUUUCCUUGACCC